AUGCUUGUUGCUCCAUGGUAAACCCAAUGAUGCCCGCAUGCCACUGCUGGUGGUCACAUGACACACCUAGCUUAACUGUUACUUGCUGGAUCAGACCAACCGCCGUUUGGACAGUGAGUAGGAGAGAGUAGGAGUUUCUGAUCAGCGAUUGCUAAAUUUAUCCAAACCGUGAGUAAAAAUAAAAAACCGUAUAGGAGGAGUAGUAUAGGAGUAAAGACCAACAUGGAUUUGAGUGAGAGAAGGAGAUGUCCGGCUGGACAGGUAGUGAAAAGCUGCAUAGAAGGUAAGACCAACAAGGAUUGGAUCAAGGAGUCAGGAGAAAGAAAAUCAGAUGCAGCAAAUAAUAAAAAGAUUUGCAGAAAUGCACAGACAAGUCUGGAUAGGAGCAUUAAAAGGAGAUGGAGAGUAGAGAAACAGACAGAAAAUAAAGAGAAGACCAUUAAAAGGAUAAAAAAUGAAAAAAGACAGAUUGAAAAAGAAAGCCAGGCAGAGAAAACCAGUGAAGAUGAGAAGAUUAAAAGGAGAAGAUUUGAAGAAGGAGAUAUAGAAAAGGAAAGCCAGGCAGAGAAGAAGACCAAUGAAGGUAAAAUGAUUAAAAGGAGAAGAUUUGAAGUAGGAGAGGAGAUAGAAAAGAAAAGCCAAGCAGAGAAGAAAACUAGUGAAGGUAAGAGCAUUAAAAAGAGAGCAGUUGAAGAAGGACAGUUACAAAAGGAAAGCCAAGCAAAGAAAAAGACUAGUAAGCUUGAGAGAAUUAAAACAAGUCAGGUUGCUAAAGACGAUAAAAAAAUCAAAGAAGACAACAGUAAAGAAAGAAAUUUAGAGCAAAAUGAAGUGAAUAAUAGAAGAUCAAGACCAGAAGACCUAUUAGAAGGUGGAAGCAUACAGAAGAGACCCCGUCUGGACAUUGAAAGACCUGCUCCCCUGGAUAGUAACAACUACAAGUUCCACACUGUACUGGGACAAGGAGGCUUUGGCCAGGUGAUGUUGGCUUCUUUUAGACCAAAUAAACAACUGGUGGCAAUUAAGAUCUUGAAGAAACAGAAGAACGACUGCUAUUCCAUCGCUAAAGAAGCUCGUGUAUUGAAGAUCAGCAGAGAAUGUGCAUUUUUAUGCCAUUCUUAUGCAACUUUUCAGUCAGAGCUUGAAGCCUUCUUUGUCCUGGAGUAUGCCAGUGGGAAAUCUUUAUGGCAAAUGAUUAUGCGUGAAGGAGGUCUGCCAAUGUCGACAAUCAUGUUCUACACAGCAGAGAUGGUGGUUGCCCUCCAGUUCCUGCAUUCUAAGGGAAUCAUUCAUCGUGAUCUGAAGCCGGACAACAUAUUAGUGGAUAAAGACGGCCACAUAAAGAUCUGCGACUUUGGCAUUGUAGAAGAGAACAUCUUUGGCCAGAGGAAAACCUACGGCUUAGCAGGAACCCCUGGAUAUCGGGCACCAGAGAUUCUAUUAAAGGAAGACUACAAUACAGCCGUGGAUUGGUGGUCUUUCGGGGUGACAAUGUAUGAAAUGGCCACAGAUGAAUUGCCAUAUUCAACAUCAGGCAGCAUUUUAAGGCAGCGCUAUAUGAUUUUGAACAAAACACCAAAAUAUCCAUGUUAUAUGAGCGAGGAAAUGCUGGACCUCCUGCCUAAGCUUUUGGAGAUUGAUAACACCAAACGAAUUGGACUGAAUGGGAACAUCAGGGAGCAUCCUUUCUACAGCACUAUCAACUGGGAUGAUCUGGAAAAUCGAAGACUGAAGACACCUUUUAAGCCAGAAAUGCCAUCUGCGGACGACUUAGAUGAAUAUCCGCUAACAUUCUCCCCUCAUAGUUGCGAUGGAAAGAAUUUGAAAGAUUUCUCGGAAGUUGAUCCCAACUGGAAUUGGCAGGAGUAAGGCAUUACCUCUGUUCUAACAUGGGAUACCAUCAUUAGUUGCUGCCUGUAACAACCUGAGGCCUUUAACAUCUGUGGCAAGCUGCACCCCUAAACAACCAAUCCACCUGUUGUACCAAACCUAAAUCAUCUCCUGUGAAUGUCAACUGGUUCUACCAUCAAAGCCAGCACCAGACGGGAUCUCUGACUGUAGCUUCUAAAGGAUGGAAAAUAGGAAGGUACUAUGGUAAGGUUACA